CUGAAAACGCGCAACUCGAAUUCCGAAGUCGUGUGCGUCGUGUAAAAUCUUUCGCUCAAUGGACUCUGCUUCAGUUUAAAUGGCGACAGUCAGAGAGUGAAGCAGGUCAAGUAAUGUUAAAUUGCACAUUAGCGGGACCCAUAUCGCCGGGAGAUGGAUAAACAUGUAAAGUUCGAAGAGAGUAACGUCAACGAAAUAACUCCGGAAAAUCGCCUUCUACCAGGCAGGUCAGUUGGACACGGACUUGGAGGUUGUGAAAAGACGACCGAUUCAAGGAUCAAGAGAUCUCCACGUCAUAUGAAAGACCCUAAAGUUGCAACUAUCCACAUUCCUACAACUUUGGCUGAGGCCCCGUUUCUGCAGCAUGCUAGGCUGACACCUGGGCAGAAGCGCUAUUUGAGCACCAUUGCUGGAGUCCACAGUGCUGAACAUGUGUGGAAGCUUCUCCAACAGCAUUACAUGAAUAUUGCACACAGAUGCAUCAGGACAGGUUUGGAUUCUGUGACAGACUUCAGCACCAUCAGUGAGUCACUUGAGCCGACGCCAAGUUUGUCUCAAGCGAGUGUAGCUGAGACAGAAACACUUCCUAAGAUUGUUGACAAGCCUGGGCAGAAACAUUUAAAGAAAGUGAAAAAUAGUCUUCCAAAGAUAGACAACCGACGUAAAAGGACAGCAGCUAAAAAUGUUCACUCCAAGAAAGGAGCAACUAGGAAAUCAACGGUAUCUGGUGAUCAAACAAACAUCUCAACUACAAAAGGAGCUAGUCUUAGCAAGCCUGAUGACACAGAUGAUGACGACUCGCUGGAUGAACUGAUCAAAGCCUUAUCAAUGGAAGACGAUGAAGAUCGUUUUCUUUGAGAUGGACCACAUCUACUGUGAAGUCUAAUUUAAGAAUGCCUUACUUGCAUCCAACACAUUUUCACAGAAUUUCAAUUUGCAUGCGAAAUUGUGCACACUUGUGCAUUAUUUAACUCUUAUAGU